AUGGUGUCGAUCACCAGACUUCCCUCGCUUCUCCCCGACGACCCCAAAGACCAUCACGUCGGCAACCCGCCCAAAGCCUUCCGAAACCCCUGGCCCUCGUUCAACCCCAGCCACCACAGUCUGGGAAAUAUCGUCAAGGUCCGAUUUGGCAGCGAUCGGCCUGCAUUUAUGCCGGUGCCCAGUGACCGCUCCGAGCUGGUGCCCGUUCAGAAGGUCGAUUUUUCCAGGCCUCGCCCAGGGCCCAGAGUGACAUGGAUCGGCCACGCCAGUUUCCUGGUGCAGACCUGCAGGGAGGAACCCGCGACGCGAGGCAUCAACAUCCUCUGUGACCCGGUCUUUUCAGAGAGAACCUCUCCCUUCACGUGGUUUGGGCCCAAGAGAUACACACCCACCCCGUGCAGCCUAGAGGAGCUGCUGGAUGCUGUCGAGAUCGACCUCGUCAUCAUCAGCCACAACCACUAUGACCACGCCGAUGCAGAGACUCUGAAGACGGUUUGGGCGAGGAGGAGAUCAAACGUCCAUUUUCUGGUGGGACUGCACAAUCCGCGCUGGCUGACAGCGCUGGGCAUCGAUCGCUCAUCCAUUACCGAGCUGGAUUGGUGGGACCGAGUCGAGGUUGAGGUCGACGGGGUUGGAAAGGCUCACAUCACAUGUACACCCACGCAGCACUUCUCCCGACGAAGCGUCUGGGACUCAAACUACGAUCUGUGGUGUUCGUACGCGAUCCAAGAUCUGCAAGGCUCUGGUAAGAAGAUCUACUUUGCGGGGGAUACCGCCUAUCGGUCCAUCCACUCCAGAAACCUGUCCCGCGAGGAGGAAGACGCUCAGCCUGUGUGUCCAGCGUUCAAGCAGAUUGGUGACCUGUUGGGGCCCUUCGACCUGUCCCUCUUGCCCAUUGGGUUGUGUGAGCCGAGGGACUUCAUGUCGAACGUCCAUGCCAACUCGUGGGACUCGAUUCGAAUCCAUCAGGACGUGAAAAGCAAGAGAUCAAUCGGCAUGCAUUGGGGCACCGUCCGUGGCGGCUUGUCGCAGUAUUACGAAGACGUCCGCACCCCGGUGAAGCACUGGAAGAUGGCUGCUGAAGAUGCGGGCUUGAAAUGGGGGGAGGAGAUUCUCGUUUUGGACAUUGGGGAGACGUUGACAUUGGACUGA